CAGACCCCUUAACAUCUUUUUCAGCUCAAAUGCUUUCUUCAUAGUUGCCAUCGUAGGGUGAUUGUUUCUUCUAAUCACGUUUUGUAAGCCAUCUUCAUUCAUUUAUGUUUACAUUGAAUCUAAUCACUUCUGCAUGUGGAGGGAGAAAGGCAUACGUCUGAGCACUUGUCAUAAGCACUAGAUGGCAGCAAAAGGUUAAUAUUGAAGUUUUCAAUUUAAACAUUUUGAGCUCCCUCCCCAAACAUAUUAAACACACACUUGUGCAUUUUUCUUUCUCAUUGUUUAAAUUGGAUGUUGCAUAAGCAGAGCAGCCAUACAUGUUGAUUUAAAUAUGAUAUCAGUAAUUUCAUUGGUGUAUAAACAAAAUGUGUGAUCACAGUUAAAUAGAAUAUCUGUCACGGGGAUCAUUAUGAUCUGUUUCUUGCUUCUUUCUUACUACACAGUAAAUUGAUGUGAACUAUUACUGGGAAAGAAAAAGACUGUUUGAUACUGGGAAGAGCGGAACAGGACAAAAGGCUGUGAUGGUUGCAAACUGUACCAAUACACGAUGCUCUAAUUUGACACGUUUUAGUGAACAAAAAAUCUCUCAUUUUGCAGCCAAGUAUGAGAUAAAAUAAUGACAUGAUAGGAAGGAGGCAUGGAAAGGAUGCGCCAGUGUCAAUCACAAUCAACUAAAUGCUGUGCUCUAAUGUUUUUUGGGCCAACAUUCACUGUAUUUUUAUGCAUUGCUUGUAUUAAUCUGCCAUUUUCAUCCUCAAAAUGUACUUUUCAGAGAUAUUUCUUGGUAGGGAGCAAUCAUGCACAGACCAGACAUAGAGUGUUAAAGAUCGACCGCACAGAAUCCAAAGACCUGGUGAUAAUCGACGAUAAGCAUGUGUACAACCAGCAAGAGGUGCGGGAGUUGCUUGGCCGUCUGGAUCUGGGCAACCGUACCAAAAUUGGCCAAAAGGGUGGAUCUGGCUUGUCCAAGGCCGUGUCAGCUUAUGGUAUUGUGGGGUUUGUACGUUUUCUCGAGGGAUUCUACAUCGUACUGAUCACCAAACGCAGAAAAAUGGCUGACAUCGGAGGUCACUCUAUUUAUAAGAUUGAAGACACGUCCAUGAUCUACAUCCCUAAUGAUUCUGUUAGAGUUGCACACCCAGAUGAAGCGAGAUAUGUGCGGAUUUUUCAGAACGUAGACCUUUCUAGCAACUUCUACUUCAGCUACAGCUAUGACCUGAGCCACUCGCUGCAGUACAACCUCACAUUGCUGCAGAGACCUUAUGAACUGUGGUCGUCAGCAGAUCCUGCUGCUGAGGAAGAGGUGCAUGCCCAGAGCAAGCAGGACAGCUUUGACAUCUUUGAGGACGAAGGUUUGCCAACACAAGUGGUUUACAGCCUCCAGAACGAGCCGUAUUACAAGUUUGUGUGGAACGGGAAGCUCCUCGAGCACAUCAAGGACAUAGUGCAUCCGAACUGGCUCAUGUACAUAAUCCAUGGCUUUUGUGGCCAGUCGAAACUGCUGAUCUACGGUCGACCGGUUCACAUCACCCUCAUUGCAAGGCGCUCCAGCAGAUUCGCAGGAACCCGUUUCCUGAAAAGAGGUGCCAACUGCGAGGGUGAUGUAGCGAAUGAGGUAGAGACGGAACAGAUUGUUAACGACGCCUCAGUUAUGUCCUUCACAACAGGAAGCUAUUCCUCAUACAUCCAAGUGCGAGGCUCUGUCCCGCUGUACUGGUCCCAGGAUAUUUCCACCAUGAUGCCAAAGCCCCCGAUACGACUGGACCAAGCAGACCCAUAUGCAAACGUAGCAGCCCUCCAUUUUGACCAGAUGCUGCAGCGGUUUGGCUCGCCCAUUAUCAUACUCAACCUGGUCAAGAAACGCGAAAAAAGGAAGCAUGAGAAGAUCCUGAGUGAAGAGCUGUACCCCGCUGUGAUAAACCUCAACCAGUUUCUCCCUCCAGAACAUCGCAUUGACUACAUCGCCUGGGACAUGGCCCGUUAUACCAAGAGUAAAUUAUGCAACGUUUUGGACCGAUUGAGCAUGAUAGCAGAGAAUGUGGUCAAGCGAACGGGCUUCUUCAUUAAUCGCACAGACUUCUACUGUCACACCCUCAGACCAGACGACAGGUGGCGAGAUGUUGGUGGACAAGUUACAUCAAGAGGAAGGCUGCAGACCGGUGUGUUGAGGACCAACUGUGUGGAUUGUUUGGACCGAACCAAUACAGCCCAGUUCAUGGUGGGGAAAUGUGCACUUGCUUAUCAGCUUUAUGCACUGGGAAUGAUCGACAAGCCCAAACUACAGUUCGAUACUGACUGUGUCAGGUUGUUUGAGGAGCUGUACGAGGACCACGGAGACACUUUGUCUCUGCAGUAUGGAGGCUCUCAGUUGGUCCACAGGGUGAAGACUUACCGCAAGAUCGCACCAUGGACGCAGCACUCCAAAGACAUCAUGCAGACGUUGUCUCGGUACUACAGUAAUGCUUUUUCAGACGCUGACAGACAGGAUGCCAUAAAUUUGUUCCUGCAGGUUUACCAGCCAUUGGAAUGUCGACCUCACCUGUGGGAGCUGCCUACUGACUUUUACCUGCACCAGAGGAGCACCAUGGCCCUCCCCAACAGGAGACGCAGCUACACGCUGUGGUGGUCGGAGGGGAUCUUGUCCUACCUUCCUGUUCCCUAUGAUGAAGUUGCCUGUGACGACACGAUGAAGAAAGUGAAAGUGAAGAGAUUGAGCCGCUUUGAUGAAAGUAUCGACAUUUACACAGAAUUCUUCAAACCUUAUGAGCUCACCUGCUUUGAUGACACUUUCUGCAUUGCCAUGACCAACUCUGCAAGGGAAUUCAUGCCCAAGUCCGUGGGAGUGGAUCCAAGUCCCUUCACAGUUCGCAAACCAGAGGAAACAGGGAAAUCAGUUCUGGGCAAGAGCAGCAAGGAGGAGACGAUCCUCCAGAGGAAGACUGCAGCCAGCGCUCCUCCUCCUCCCAGUGAGGAGGCCAUCACCAGCACUUCUGAGGACGACUCAGAGGAGGACCGGGAUGAUGAGGGGUCCGUGUCCCAGCGCUCAACUCCCAUCAAACUGCUGACAGAGUCGGGGGAAAGCAGCCGCACACAGGAGGAGAUCCAGUUCCAGCAGACAGCUAGGGAACCCUAUGGUCUCCGUCUUGCCGAGUGUCCCACUGAGGACGACCUGCUCAUUUACAAAAGGUUUGCUCAUCUUGGGGAGAACCAGCACACAGUGGAGAAAACUGAACACAUAAGCUUCGCCAACAUCAUUAGCUUGGUCCCGGUCUCACGCUUCCCAGAGGAUAGCAUCUACUCUGUCUCUGUUCCGCACGUGAACCGGGAUAGUCGCGACGUGUUCGAGAGUCAUGUGACGGCGGGUCAGGGCCAGGUGAGGGCGCUGUGCAGGGAGGACAUGCUGCUGUACAGGGAGUACGUCAAAAACCGGUACAUGUGAGAUGCGCAUCCCCGGUGAAGCAAUCAUCCGCUUCCGUUUCCAACUUUAAGACUCAGAAGAACUUUUUUUGUCGAUCCAGCAAAAAGAACCUGUUUUUUUAGAAGUUAUUUCAAUAAACAGUCCAAGGACGAUGCAUAAUUUAAUUUAAUACAAAAAUGUUUAUUUUGAAAUGUUUUAUUAUUAUUUAUGACUGAAAAGAUUACGUUUACGGUGCUCGUCCCUAUUCUUUUAUUUUAAUUCCAGCCUUCUGAAGGCAGUUGUACAGAUUUAGCAAAUUUGAAUCCUAAAUAUUGGAAUCAAAUUUUAUACGGAGCUAGUAUUAUGUCUUAUUUCACUCGGAAAUGAGCUUUCCACAUUUUCAAAGAACUUUUCAAAGUUCUUGGGCUCAAAAUGUGUCCUCCGUGACAUUUAAAUGACCAUUGUUAUCAUUUAGGACUUUACUUGAUUUAUUUUUCCAGCCUUUUAUCAUUCCAAAAAGAAAAAUCUGAUGUUGUUGGUCUGUUUUUUAUUUUUUUUAUGUUGAUUUAUUGUUUCUGUGGACUUCAAAGUACAACGCUUUUUAUUAUUCUUGUAAAAAACACAUUCAUAAGAUGUUAAUGAUCUGAGCUGUAUUAAAUUAAACAGUUAUUUAUUAAUACGGUG